UAUUCGAACACGACAAGAAGAAGAAGAGAAAUACGAGAGAAAAGGUGAAAAAACUUUACAACACACAAAAAAAAACCAUCUUAAAACUUGUAAAAUUUGUGAAUAUUCUCGUGUUUCGUGUGUGUAAAUAGUGCAUUUUUUGUGUUAAUCCAUUUUAUCUGCUAGAAAUCCGUGUUUAGACGUGCAAAGAGCCCGAACACAGAAUCCACGUAUCCAAGAAAAAUACUUUAUUAUGUAAAAACAAAAGUUAUUGUAGAAAACGAAAAAAAAAAUAAUGUAUCUGUACGGUUCUUUGUCUUUUUUAUUUGUAUUGUGAUUGUGAUGAUGAAUUUUAAGUACGAAAUAAAUGCUCAGCACAAAAUGCUGUGAAACAAGGGAAAGAAAACAAGUUCAAGAGUUGGAGCAACGAAUGAAAAAAAGUCCAAAAAAAUAAUAACAAAUGAAAAAAAAGUGUAAUGGAAAAGGAAGUACAAAUUGUACAACAAAAAUACAGUUGGAUUAAAGAUUUACUGUAAAAAUAGUUGUUUUUUAUGCACACUUUCCCAUAAAGUAUUGUGUUACUGUUAACUCUUAAAUCAUAAAAAAAAAUACAAAAUCGAAUGUUAUAAUUGAAAUGUUAAAAAAGUGUAAUUUUUAGUUUUUUAUAUUUUUUAUUUUGAAACAAAAAAAAAAUUAUUAAAGAAAAUAUCAAAAAUAUUCAACUUUCUGUAGCAGAGUAGCAGUAAAGUAGGAUUAUGUCAAAUAUGUCAUUGCAGUGUUCAUUAGUAGCUGUAACGAGAAUAAAAUAAGCAAAAAAAAAUUACAAAAAAAAGUAUUAUUCGAAUUUAAAAACGGGCGCGUUGUGCUAACAAGAAAUGUCUGCAUCAUCGGCGACGACAGCAACGCAACCGCAACAGGCAACAACGUCGCAUAGUCACAGCGAUGCGCAACAACAAGGUCCCGAGAGUGCGGCGCAAAAUGCCCGAAAAGGUCACAGACGACAAGAGUCGGUCUAUGAAAUGACAGGACUUUAUUCUGAGACGAUUGCGGACGACAGCGGAUCGGAAUUGCCGUCAUCUGUGACAAAUUUGCAGGCGUCUCCCAUACCGGAUACUGUGAUAAAAUGUCAUAGUCGACAACCAUCGAGUGGGAUUGUUGAUCGGGAAAAACAACUGCCGAGCAACAAUGAACUUCAUGACGACGACUUUUCCCGAGAUUGUGGAAUUUUAUCCUUUCGCCCAUUGAGAAUACAGAAAUUCGCCAGAAUUAAGGUUUUUGUGUUCCUCCUCAGUGUAUUAGUGACACUCCAACAGGCACUCAGCUCGGGCUACAUCAACUCCGUCAUCACCACAAUCGAGAAACGUUUUGAAAUCCCGAGCAGCUUAUCGGGCCUCAUUGCCUCCAGCUACGAAAUCGGCAACGUAAUUACCGUAAUUUUCGUCAGCUACCUCGGCAGUCGGCGUCACAUUCCCGUCUGGAUUGGCAUUGGAGCCGUCAUCAUGGGCAUCGGAAGUCUCAUCUUCAGCAUCCCACACUUUACGGGCGAAGCAAAUCCUGCCAUUUCCAUCUCGAAUCUCACGUCGGACAACAUUUGCCGGUUGGUUUCGGUGCACGAACCGGAACGCGGCUUGAGUCAUUUGCUCGGGCAAAGCGGAUUAUCGAAUCCGCCACUUGCGCCGCACAACAAAUUACGCGGCGAUAAUUGUUUGCAGAGCAAAUCGUCGACUUUUGGUCCCGUUUUGUUGUUUGUGAUUGCGCAGCUGUUGCUGGGAUGCGGCGGAAGUCCCCUUUUUACGCUUGGCACGACUUACGUCGAUGAUCACGUGAAGAAGGAAAGUUCUUCGAUGUACAUUGGAUGCAUGUACAGCAUGGCGGCAUUUGGACCCGUCUUAGGUUUCUUGUUAGGAGCAUAUCUUUUGUCGUUUCACAUGGAUUCCUUCGCUGGAGUGCCCAUCAGUAUUGAUCCCUCGGAUCGACGAUGGGUUGGCAUGUGGUGGGGAGGCUUCUUGUUAUGCGGAUUGUUGUUAAUUAUUGUUGCUAUUCCGUUUUUCUCGUUUCCAAAGGUUUUGACACGAGAAAAGAAAAAAAUACGAAAUGCUGAGCAGAAAGUACCACAAACGAUCGUUCUGCAAACGAAUAGCAGCCAAAUUGUGGCUGAAAAAGUGCCAAUUAGUGAAAAGGCCUCACAACCUCCUCCUUCGUCACAAAAUACCUCGAACAUUGACUCGGGAUAUGGCAAAGAUAUCAAAGACAUUCCGUUAUCAAUGUGGCGCCUUAUCUCCAACCCCAUUUACAUCGUGACGUGUCUCGGUGCCUGCAUGGAACUCAUGAUCGUCUCCGGUUUCGUCGUUUUCCUCCCCAAAUACCUCGAGACACAAUUCAGUUUGGGCAAAUCACAAGCGAGUGUCUUCACGGGCAGCAUCGCUGUACCCGGCGCCUGCAUUGGCAUCUUUAUCGGCGGCUGCAUCCUCAAACGAUUCCAACUCAAACCGAAGGGCGCCGUGCAAUUUGUUCUGAUCUCAAAUAUCAUCUGUCUUGCCUGUUACACGCUCCUUUUCUUCCUCGGCUGCGAUAAUCUCAAAAUGGCUGGCACCACAAUCCCCUAUUACAACAAUCCGCCGCACAGCAGUGUCGAACCGUUUCAAGUCAACUUGACGGCGCAAUGCAACUUCAACUGCGAAUGUGAUAUUUUCGACGUGGAACCGGUUUGCGGAAAUAAUGGAUUGACUUAUUUCUCGCCGUGUCACGCGGGAUGCAAAGCGUUCUCGUCAAACACGAAUUACACGGAAUGCGCUUGUGUGCAAUCGAAUUCGACAGUUCACAGUUACUCGGGAGCCGAAGGAACGAGGGCUGAAGCGUUGAAUAGUGGCGAUGGCGUGACAGUUGUUCCUGUGGCAACAGCUGGUCCGUGCUUGUCGAAAUGUCGAACCAUUUAUCCAUUCCUGUUUUUGCUGUUUUUCAUGACGUUUAUUGUGGCUGCCACGCAAAUGCCGUUGCUGAUGAUCGUUUUGAGAUCUGUAUCUGAGGAAGAACGAUCCUUCGCUCUUGGCAUGCAAUUUGUGAUUUUCCGACUUUUUGGUUACAUUCCCGCUCCAAUCCUGUUUGGAAAUUUAAUUGAUUCCUCAUGUCUUUUAUGGAAAAGCACCUGCGGAGAAGCUGGAGGACGAUGUCUCAUCUAUGACAUUGAAAAAUUCCGCUUCAAGUACGUUGGCCUCUGUGCAAGUAUCAAAAUAAUCGCUUUGGCAAUUUUCGCUGUUGAUUGGUGGUUGGUACGACGAAGAAAGCAUCUCGAUAAAAUGGUUCCGCUUUCAACGAACGAACUUGUGGUUGGUUCAAUCAUCAGUUUGGACAAAUUAUUUGAGGAAAAAAGUCUCAACGAGGCACAAGGUUUCAGCGGUGAAAUAAUCACCGAGAUAAUUUCCGGCGAUUGUAAUCUCUUCGCCAACACGAAUCUCGAUCCAAAUCGCAAGAUUCUCGUCGCAUCGCGUCAUCUUCGCAGCGAUUCACGCACCAUCCAGCUCGAGCACAACAAUCGCUACGAUGCCGUCGCCGAUCCCGCAUCCGCCUACAAUCCGCCCGUCUUUGUACGGCCUCGCAACAAACAUUUCCGCAGUAAUUCUUGUGAUAUUAAGAUAGGACGCAGCAAUUCGCGCGAAUCUGACAUCAAUCCGGCGUAUCGGCGCUUCUUGCGGGGCGGCGGCGGUCAUUCGCGCAACAAUUCCCAUGACAUCGACCAGGAGCACCGAAAUCGUCAGUUGGGGCAACAGCAACCGCAGCACUACAACAUCCGGUACAUCUUGAAUCAGCUGAAAACGAACAACGCAACCGCCGAACAGAAUCUCAUGAAUUUGAAGAACAAUUUCAAGAAUCGUCGUCACAUGCGAAACCAUUCGUACGGGCAGGAAUUCAGUUUUUUGCCGAAUAAUACGAUCGUUCGCUUGAACAACGACGCUGCGAAUCAAUUUUUGCAAAGCACAUGUGGCUCCAGUCAACCAAUUUCCACGGGACACAGUUUCCGAAGUCAUUCUCGCAAAAAUUCUCGUGACUUUUUGCAACAUCAUCUCCCGAGCAACGCCACGAAAGAACGAAUGUUGCUCAGUAAAAACGUCUCGGUCGAAAUGAACGAAGAACUCGAGCAGAAAGAGUCACCAACGGACUCGAAAACUCAUUCGCGGAACAAUUCGCGUGACUUGAACAAAAUAAAUCUCGCGUCAGUUGCCACGUCGCUCAAGAGUCUCAUCACGCAUGCACCCACAGCGCUCGACGAGGGCAUCCGACAUCGCCGAACGAACUCAAAAGACUUGCAAAAACCCGAACACAAGCGAAAUGCAUCGAUGGAAGGCGGUGUCGAAGGCACAAAUCUCCUGGCAAGUGACGUGCCGCCAUCCAAAUCCGGCGACGAAAGUGAUGGCAGCCCAACGCAUGGCGUUUGAUCAAAAAUAACCUUCGUUUUGUGUAUAUUUUUGUACUGCAUUUAACUCGUAAGUUACUAGAAAAAAUAGAGUUCUAUUAGUUGAACACGUAAAAUAAAUAAUUUUAUUGUUAGACAUCUUUGCGCAGAUAGUAGAAAAAAUAUUAUAUUAAAAAAAAACUUAAUGUAGUACGAAAUUAUUAUUAUUAGAAAAAAUAUUCUACAGAUCUUUAUCGUAAAUAAAUAGACAAAAAGUGUAAUAAAUAAUAAACCCUUU